AUGGAUAGGUCGACAAGCUUCAUUCGCUCGCAGAAGCGCCGGUUCCCCCUCAAGGUGAUUCUUUCGUAUAUUUUCGAUUGGAUUGUUCUCGUCAUUCUAGCCCUUAUUGCCCUGGCCUUCGAGUUCAUCCAGCCCAACAGACGCCCGUUUUCUCUCAACGACCCCAACAUCUCAUUUCCUUUCACAGAGCAUGAGACCGUCCCCACCUGGCUCCUCGUUAUUUUAAGUGUUAUCCUCCCUGCGGCCCUGGUCGCCAUUGUCGCUCUAUUAUUCGUCCCAGGUGCCACUGUUCCAAAAGGCACCCCCCAUUCGCUCGUAUGGAGAAGAAAGCUAUGGGAGCUCCACGUUGGCUGGCUGGGCCUCGCCAUGGCCCUCGUCUCAGCCUGGUUCUUCACCCAGGGCAUGAAGAAUAUGUUUGGAAAGCCUCGCCCCGACCUCCUCGCUCGCUGCAUCCCGGACCUUGAUAACAUGGACAAGUACGUCGUCGGGGGAUUCAGUGGCGAGGACCCUUUGGGGAGGCUCUACUCAGCUGCCAUCUGUCAACAGACAAGCAAAUCCAAGCUCCGAGACGGCUUCCGAAGCUUCCCAAGCGGUCACUCCUCCUUGUCCGCCGCCGGCCUGGUGUACCUCUCGCUCUUUCUCGCCAGCAAGUUCGCCGUCACGAUCCCCUUUGUGGUCCCGAGUGCCGAUCAGAAUCAGCCCCGCGAUCACGCUGCCUUUCCCUCGCGCGGCGCCAAGGAGACGGCCCACGGCCAACACAAUGCCCAGAUUCUGUCCAUUAGACGCCAGGCCGCGGCGCCACCGAUAUACCUGCUCGCCGCCACUCUCGCACCUUUCUGCCUUUCCAUCUUCAUUGCCGCAUCGCGCUGGUGGAACUUCCGCCACCAUGGCUUCGACAUCUUGUUCGGGUACCUGAUGGGCUUGCUCUGCAGUGUUUACAGCUUCAGAUAUUAUCAUCUUCCUAUCCAACGCGGUGCAGGUUGGGCGUGGGGUGCCCGCAGCAGCGAUAGAGCUUUCUGGGCAGGAGUCGGCCGCGUGGGAUAUGCCCAGGAGCCCGAGAUGUCAAGUUCUCUGGGGAAGCCCGAACAAAACUCUGACGGCCCGCGACGGCACAACCCCGAUAUACCACCUCCCCCUAUGGGCCCCCCUCCCAAUCAUGUGGCACACCGUCCUACCAACCGCACGAUGGAAUAUGAUGCGGGCUAUGGCAAUGGUGGUCAAUUUCACGAUGUCGAGAUGCAGAGAAUGCAAUAA